AUGGUUUUAUCUCUAAACCCUAUCAUCACCUUCACCUCAACAACGAAGUUGGAAACGAAGAAUCAUGAUUCAUCCAGGUAUUCUGUUGGAGCAUCCUUACCCUUUUUUGUAACGUCUAGACCGAGAAUGUUUGUCAAGGAGAAAAGAUUCGGGCGCUGUUUUUCAGUUACAAAUAGUGAUCAACUUUCAGCAAAUGCGAGUAAUAAGGAUAUUGGCAGUGCUGCGAAUGAUCAGUUACCGUCCACGAAUCCUCCGGUUGAGUCAGAAUCACAGACACCAGAGGGUUCCAAUGGGUCUGCAGCGUCUCCUAAUUCACCAUCUGUAACCACACGAUCGUCUCAGAAAGUGAGAGAGAGGAUAAAGGCGGCUCGGGUUCUCAACCAGUCCAAGGAACCGAAAGCAUCUAAGUCGGAUAUGGGCAGUAGUGUUUUGGCUGCAUUUAGAGAGAGCGAUAAAGGGAAGAAGAAGAGAAGAUCUGGACUUCCAGAAGCCCCUGGUAAUUUGUUUGACGAUAGCAAACGAGGGAUGCCGAAGCCAGGUUUGACUUUUGAUUUUCCCGGCGGUUCUGAUCUGUUUCUGAUUAUCUUUUCGUUUGUUUUUAUCAGCACAGUGAUGUUUGGAACAACUUUCAUUGUGUGGAAACUUGGUGCAAUCCAUUUUAAUGACUACUAA